CCGGCGCGUCGGGUGCGGUGCGCGGAGUAGUGCCCAGUCGGCGGCGCGCGCUCGGGUCGCAGCCACCACUUGCACUUGUACGGGAGCUUAUCUAUUGAAUUAAGAUAAAAUGAGGGGACGUUUGGUGCUGCUGGCACUGCUGGUGGCAGUCGUCUGCACCGCCGAUGCAGAGAGACACCGUCGUCGCCACCGACGGCUGCGCACCACCACCACGGAGAUGCCGCAGCGGCCGAUGCCGCCGCGCGAGGAGGCCGAGGCGGAACACCUCGAGCUGGGCAUGGCGGAGCGCCUCGACGAGCGUCGCUUCCAGGAAUCUGAGAAAGCCCGCGUCAAUGAAAUUCUAAAUGAAAACUCAAACGAAGGAAAUUCUGACAACGAAGUUUUUAUUGAUGACCCGUGUCUGAAGGUGCACUGCAGCGCGGGCCGCGUCUGCGAAAUCGACGAGCACGGGGACGCCGUCUGCAACUGCAUCAAGGAGUGCCCCUAUGAAACAGACUCCCGCCGCAAGGUGUGCACGCACCACAACGAGACGUGGUCAUCAGACUGCGAGGUGUACCGGCAGCGCUGUCUCUGCCUCGACAACUCGGAGCUGUGCCGCGGCCCGCAGUACCACCACGUGCAGAUCGACUACUACGGCGCCUGUCGCGAGAUGCCCGCGUGCACGGAGAGCGAGAUGUCCGACUUCCCGCGGCGCAUGCGCGACUGGCUGUUCAACAUAAUGCGGGACAUGGCGGAGCGCCGCGAGCUGACGCCGCACUACCUGCAGAUGGAGCGCGAGGCGGAGUCCAACCUCACGCGCCGCUGGACCAACGCCGCCAUAUGGAAGUGGUGCGACCUCGACGCGCACGAUAACGACAGGUUCGUGUCCCGGCACGAGCUGUUCCCGAUCCGUGCACCGCUGAUGGCGCUGGAACACUGCAUUGGGCCCUUCCUGGACCUCUGCGACGAGGACAACGAUCACCGCAUCACGCUCGCCGAGUGGGGCAAGUGCCUGCAGCUCGACGAGUACGAGCUGGAGGACCGCUGCGACGAGCUCACCGACGAAGCUUCCUAAACAUUUUUAUGUACAAAAAUCUUUUAUAAUAAAAAUAAUUGAAUACUUUUAAUAACAAACAUUUGUCAUUCAUAAUAAAAAAUCUGAGAUUUUAGUAAUAAUGUAGAUGUAUUAUAAGGUUCUUUAUUAGCUAAGUAAUGUCAUAAGGUCUAAAAAGAGAGCGCAGUGUUCUAAGCCUUUUAAAAAUUAUAUUAAAAAAUACUGAAACACUGUAUUAUAUUCAAAAUUGAAUAAUUACACUGUUAUAUGUUUCACUGCCAGGAUUUGUAAUCAUAGUAUAUUUAAAAUAAAAUACCAUUUUUCUACUAAAUAAAGUAUCUAAACCUGUAAAGUUAUAUUUAAUGUGUUAUUGAUAAUCACUAUAAAUACUUGAAUACUUCUACCGCAACAUGCAUUUAUUAUAAAUGGCAACACUGUGAUCGUACAACCAAA